AUGUCAGCAACUCAAACAGCCACUCAAACAGAUAAUGCAACCUCUCAGUUACAGCUGAAUGCUACCCCAAUCAGACAUGCUCUGUCAGACAUUGUUCACGAGGAAGACUGGUCUGAUUUUAAGUUUGCACCAAUUCGUGAAUCCACUGUCUCUCGUGCUAUGUCCUCUCGUUAUUUCAAGGAUCUGGACAAACAUGCCGUUUCAGAUGUUAUUAUUAUCGGAGCUGGUUCGUCAGGACUCUCUGCUGCUUAUGUCAUAGCAAAGAAUAGACCUGAUCUGACAAUUACGAUCUUGGAGGCAAAUGUCGCACUCGGUGGCGGUGGUAACUUGGGAGGCCAACUCUUCUCCGCUAUGAUUAUGAGAAAGCCAUCACAUCUGUUCUUGAACGAAUUGGAGAUCCCAUAUGAAGAUGAAGGUGACUAUGUUGUUGUAAAGCAUGCAGCCUUGUUCACUGCUACAAUUGCAGCAAAAGUAUUGUCUUUCCCAAAUGUUAAAUUGUUCAACGCCACUGCUGUCGAAGAUUUGGUAACCAGACCAAAGGGUUCAAAUGGCGAAGUCACUGUUGCUGGUGUUGUCACUAAUUGGACCUUAGUUACUAUGGCUCACGGUUUACAAAGUUGUAUGGAUCCUAACGUGAUUGAAUUAUCUGGAUACCAAGAUGAUGGCACUCGUGAUAUGUCUCAAAAGCAUGGUGUUGUCCUAUCGACCACUGGUCAUGAUGGUCCAUUCGGUGCCUUCUCUGCAAAGAGAAUCGUCGCCAUUGAUAAGAAUAAAAAACUUGGAGGUAUGAAAGGCCUAGACAUGAAUAGGGCCGAAGCUGGUGUUGUCAAAAAUGCAGGCAAAUAUCAAGGUGUUGAUUCAAUGUAUUUUGCGGGGAUGGAAGUUGCGGAAUUGCAUGGUUGUAACAGAAUGGGCCCUACUUUCGGUGCUAUGGCAGUCAGUGGUAUCAAAGCAGCUGAGGAGAUCUUGAAACAUUUUUCCUAA